CUGUCCCUCCCCCUGUGCACGCAGGUCACGGAAGCAUGGCCGACAGUGCGGUGCAGACGGAGAUUGCUGCGUUGCAGGAGCAGGUCGCCCGCGACCAUGAGGCACUUCGCAAGGCCUCGCUCAACGGGCAGAAGCUGAUGAUGCUCUGCCUCAAGAUGAACCAGAAGCUGAACCUGAUGAUGGAGAUGGCGAAGAACGCGGUGGAGAGUGUGCCGAUGGGCCCGAGUAACGAGGCGGUGGUGGCGGAGCAGCCACUGAUGUGCGGGUUUAUGAACAUCAAAGCCAAGAACGAGCGCAACUGGAAGCGGCGGUGGUUUGUCCUCCGCAAGGGUGCGCUGGCGUACUACAACGAUCAGAACGCGACGACGCCCAAAGGCACCAUUCCGCUGGCGGUGUGCGUGGUCGACGGGCUCAAGGUCCGCGACAACAUGCAGCGGCCGUGCAUGGCGCUGGUGGUCGAGGGCCGGACCCUGUACUGCGAGGCCGAGACCAAGAAAGACAACGUGGCGUGGUUCCUCGCCAUCAACUGCAUGCAGCAGCAGCUCGACUACUCGCGCAAGCUCGAGGCGCAGGGCAUUGAGCCGGACACCCGCAUCUUGGCCUUCUUUGACCAUCCGCUGCGGACAGAGCUCGCCCUCGACGACGUAAGCCUCUCGGUGGAGGCCAUCACGUCGAUGGAGUCGACGAUCCGGUUCCACUCGGCGCUGGUCUCGCUCUCGAUGCAGUCUGCGGCGCUGCGCGACGAGCACGUUGAGUCGCUGGCGCGUGCGUUGUCGGGCAACAAGUUCCUGCAGACGGUCCGGCUCGGCUCGAACGACCUUGGCCCGGCGGCGGCGGCGUCACUGGCGGUGGCGCUGGAGAAGAACGCGGUCAUCACCGAGCUCAACCUUGCGGGCAACCACAUUGGCGACGACGGCGUGCUUGCGCUGGCAAAUGCACUCGGCUCGCGGCCGCCGCUCGCAGUGCUGGACCUCUCGGACAACGAGGUUACCGACGAGGGCUUUGCGCACUUUGUCGACACGCUUGUGACCGAGUCGUACCCGCUGCCGGCGCUGGAGUUUUCGUCAAACGCCAUCACGUCGGCCGGCGUGGUCGGCUCGCUGGUGCCUGCGCUCGGCGCGCUCCCGUCGCUCACCCGCGUUGCCCUCGCAUCCAACGCCGUCGACGACGCCGGCGUCGCUGCCAUCCUCGGCGCGCUGCCAUCGUCGUCGCUCCGCGAGCUGGUCCUGUCUAACAACCCGUACGCACACGAGCAGCACGUCGAGGCCCUCCUCGCCUCCCUCCUCGCCACGUCGUCCCUGGUUCUCAUCGACAUGGUUCCGGUCGUCCUCGACGAGCAGAGCAUCGCCACGCUCCGCCUCCUCCGCGACAACGACGCGCUCGCGCUUUGAACAAACACCUCCCUCUACGCCUGGCUGGCCCUUCAUUCGCUGCGCCUGCUACAUGUACUCGGCAAGAUCGUCGCUCUCAGAGCCGCUCUGGUCGUCGUCGGACGACGAGACCGAUGGCGGAGUGACGGCGACGGCGUCGACGAUGGCGUCGUCGCCAGAGUCGUCUGCAGUGACCAGGUCCUCCAUGAUGAGCAGCGAGAGGAGUGCGUCGAUGGGCAGCGGGAGAUCGACCAUGGGAUUGACGGCAAAGUCGAUGUACAGAAUGACGCGGUCAGAGGCCGCCCAGUUCCAGGCCGAGUGGCGGUAGGUGUCGUCGAAAACGACGGCGUCGCCGACGGCGCGCCACUCGUGGAGCAGCGGGCCGACGCGGAGGCCGGUGGCGACGAGCGAGCCGUCUGCGCGGUACUGGUCGGCAAGCGGGUCGGCGAUGGCGGCCGAAUCCGGCUCUGGCACGACGAUGGACAUGUGGAAGGCGAGCGAGCCAAAGCGGAGGCCGGUAAAGCCGACGUGCGGCUUGAUCUGCGUCCGCGGGCGGAGGCGCGAGAAGCCUGCGACGCGGAUGGAGGGGAUGCGGUCAAGCAUGGCGGCGGUGCGCGGGCAGGCGGCACAGUUUGCCUCGACGCGCUCGCCGUGAGCCGGAAUAAAGCCGUAGGCGAGCCA